AUGAGCUAUUCAGCCUACCUGCAAAAGCCACCGAAGGGCACGUGCAGAGAGCAGGCGGAGGAGGCCGCCGCCGGGCUGGGGGUUGUGACCUCGGCGUCUCGCCCGGCGACGCGGAACAAUGCGCAACAGGAGGGAGGCCGGGCCUUCGUCCCCCUGCCGGCCUGCGUCAGUGUGCUGGACGGGCCAGUUCAGGAGGGUGGCGGCGGCUCCAGGGCAAGCAUGCUCAUCGCCGAGGCUCAACACGUGGUGCCUCCUUCCCCCUGCCGGCAGAUGAUUGCUUGCUGUCCGCAGCAGGCCCCAACAAAUAUGCCCAUGCCAAACCCUCCAUUGAACAGUGGACAGGCAGCCGGGCUUGGGCGAGGUGAUUGGCUGCUUCUUAUUUCAGGUUAUGAAGACUAUAGUUAUGGAUAUGGAUACGGUCAGGAUAACUCUGGCAAUUAUGGGUACGGUAUGGCCGCUUCAAACACUUGGGAAAUGCCUAAUUCUGAUACAGACAUGAACUUUAACGCUUCCACUGGUAACCGUGCUGAUGGUGUAAUAACAAAAUUUAACCAGCGCUUAGAUAUGGUGUCUCAUCUAGAAACUGAUACGAUGCAAGGAGGACAUUAUGGCUCAGGUGGAGACAGGUAUGAUACAUAUGAGUCCUACGACUCAAGGUCUUCACUGAACGACCGUGAUCUAUACAGAUCCGGCUACGAUUACAGUGAGGCUGAACAUGAAACCGACAAUGCCUAUGAAGGCCACUAUGACAACUCCUAUGGGAACCGCAGGGACCAGUACCACAACAGAGCACGUGACAACUUUGGCCAUCGGGGUCAAAACUGGCCCAGAGACGGGCGAAAUAACAGAUCCAUGCAAGCCCCAUAUUCUGGGCGCAUGGGUGGACAGUGGAAUGAGCCCCAAGCGCCAAUGGGAGGACGGGGCCAUGGCCCCAAUAGGCCCCCAUCCCUUUUCUCCCACAAACUUUUCCCUGAAUACAAUAUGUUCCAGGGAAUGCGAGGUUUCUCUGGCAACAUGCGCUUUGGAGGUGGCGGCAUGAAACAACGCAUGAGGAGAAACUGGAAAAUGUGGGACGCAGAUUUUAAAAAAAAAAGAAUAAAGCCUGAGCCAGCUUCUAAUAAACGCAAACAAGCUAACAGUUCUGAUGAGCCAGACAGCAAAGCAGCAAAAACCGAUGGCUCUGACAAUUCAGACUCUGAUAAUGAAGAGGGACCCGAAGGAGAAGCUGCCGAGAAGAGUUCUAAAGCUGAAGGAGAGGGGGAAGGUGGUGAAGAUGAAGAAAGAAAAGGAGACUCUGAGAAGGGAGCCCUGACAAUUCAGGAAGAGAUCAGUCAAAUCAAGCGCAAAUUGCAAGCUGGCAAGAAAACUCAGGAGAGGCAGAAAAAGAGGUACCGUGAUCGGAUGGUGGAAAGGAUUCAGUUUGUGUGUUCAUUGUGCAAGUAUCGUACUUUCUAUGAGGAUGAGAUGACCAAUCAUUUGGAGAGCAAGUUUCACAAGGAGCACUUUAAAUUUGUUGGAACCAAGUUACCCCAGCAGACAGCUGACUUCCUCCAGGAAUAUGUAGCUAACAAAACAAAAAAAACAGAAGAACGCCGUAAGGCAAUUGAAGAUAUUAAUGCAGUUAUACAACAAAUCUACAAAGACCAAGAUCUGACCCAGGAUAUAGGUAUGGAGCACUUUUUAAAAAAGGUGGAGGCUGCUCACUGUGUUGCAUGUGACCUCUUCAUCCCAAUGCAAUAUGGAAUUAUCCAGAAACAUCUGAAGUCGCUUGACCAUAACCACAACCGCAGAGCUAUGAUGGAACAAUCCAAGAAAUCAUCAUUAGUAGUUGCAAGAAGUAUUCUUAACAAUAAACUUAUCAGCAAGAAACUGGAGCGAUAUCUCAAGGGUGAGAAUCCUUUCACAGAUGACCCUGAAGAAAAAGAGGAACAUGAGGAAGGUGAGGCAGGAACUAGUGGGAACAUGGAGGAAGGAGCGCCUGAAGGUGAAGAAAACAAGGCCGAUGAGGAAGCCAAAAGUGGAGACAAUCUGGAUGAAGAAAAUCCAGUUGAAGAAAGUGGUGCAGAAAAUAAGGGUGAAGAAGGGGAAGGGGAAGAGCCAGAACAGAUGGAGGACUGGAACUUGAACACGUCCCAGGAAGCCCUUGCUGCUGAGCAGGAGCAAGAGUCUGAGGAAGAAAGAAAAGGAAUUAUACCUUCAGAGGAGGUGGAGCCACCUGAUGAGUAAACAUUCAAAGAAGGGUGACGCAUCUGGAGACGCUGCAUUAAAACUUUUAAAACCAUAACUGUAUUUGUGACACUACAUGGCACGCGGCUUUUGGUUCUCAUUGACUACAUCUUCACCUAGUUACAGCACUUAAAAGCCUUUAUCUGUAAAGUGUUUUGGAAAUAGCUUUUUUAAAUCAAACCUUCAUUGUAUUAGUUAGGUUUUGUGCAGUACAAUUUCUAGGUGGCUUUGUACUAGGAAAAUAACCCCCCCCCUUUUGAGUAAAUACUCAAAACCAAA